UCCAUUGCCUUGCGGUGCCGUUGCAUCGACGACCCUGCGUGCAUCGGUUAGCUCAUCUUUGCACGAAAGAUUGGGGCAUACAUUGUCGCUGCGGCUCACCACAGCCUCCGAUCAAGCGCCCGCCUCUCCGAAGCAAUCGAUGGCACGCACCACCAGCCUGGGGCUCUUCAUCUGCGCCGUGCUGCUGCUCGCUGCCGCCGUGCCCUCGGAGUCAGCUCGGGUCUUGAGAGAAGCGCCGUCCGCCACUGAUGGCGCUGGCGUCACCGAGGUAUCCAUGAAGGUGCCUGGCGAGGGGCAGAGGCAGGUCGGGACAGCGGCAGAGUCCAAGCGCCUGAGCCCCGGAGGAUCGGACCCUCAGCACCAUUAGGUGGCCACUGUGUUGAGCUCUCCCGUGCUCGCCGUGUCGAAGGCUGUAGGAAGGAACAAACAAAGGUUGGCGAGGGUGUUUUUUGCGACAAUAAUUAAGGUUGACGAGGAUAAUGUUUUCGUACUGCCCAUUCGUUCGGUGCUGCUACUGUAUGCUUUCACUUUGUCUCUUAGGUGAGGGCGCUUUCCUACUAUAUACUACUAGUAC